UCCGUCAUGGCCGAGGCGGCUGAGGAGCCCUCGCUGGAGGCCACGGCGCUGGCGGCGGCCCGGGAGCGGAGCAGCCGCUUCCUGAGCCGCCUGGAGCUGGUGAAGCAGGGCGCCGAGGCUCGCGUGUUCCGCGGCCGCUUCCAGGGCCGCGCGGCCGUGGUGAAGCACCGCUUCCCCAAGGGCUACCGGCACCCGGCGCUGGAGGCGCGGCUCGGCCGGACAAUGUACACGGAAAAGCUGACACAGUCUUUGAAAAUUAGGCCUACUUGUAAGAAGAAGGAGUUGAAGUCACUAACUGCUCAUGUAUUGCUUGCAGGGAUAUCUGCCCCCAUUGUCUUUUUUGUGGACUAUGCUUCUAAUUGCUUAUAUAUGGAGGAGAUCGAAGGUUCAGUGACUGUUCGAGAUUAUAUUCAAUCCACUAUGGAGACUGAAAAAGCUCCCCAAAGCCUGUUUGCCCUAGCCAGGAAAAUCGGGCAGGUUUUGGCUCGAAUGCACGACGAAGACCUCAUCCAUGGUGAUCUCACCACCUCCAACAUGCUCCUGAGGCCACCCCUGGAAAAGCUGGACCUGGUGCUCAUUGACUUUGGGCUGAGUUUCGUCUCGGGCCUUCCCGAGGAUAAGGGAGUAGACCUCUAUGUCCUCGAGAAAGCCUUCCUCAGCACCCACCCCAACACCGAGCCUGUGUUCCAGGCCUUUCUGAAGAGCUACUCUACCUCAUCCAAAAAGUCCAGACCUGUCCUGAAGAAAUUAGAUGAAGUACGCCUGAGAGGAAGAAAGAGGUCCAUGGUGGGGUAGAGGAUUAUGUGCCACCUCAUCCACCACCUGGCUGUUCAGUCAGUGAGGAAUCACUGUGGAGAAGCGGAUGUGAAUAAAGGUGUCGGGACAUCUGA